UCAAGGCAACUGGCCCUGCAGUAGAUGAAAGUGUACUUUAUGGAAGUGCAUUAAAUACAUGGAAGAAUCGUAACUGAAUCAGGGAGAAGGCAGGAACGGGGUAGAGAUUCUGGAUGAUGAGCCAUGAUCAAAAUCAUAAUCAUACUUUAUUAACCAAGUAUGUUUUGCAACAUACAAGGAACUUGAAUAUUGAAUGCUGGUGCAGGCUCGAGGGGCCCAACGGCCUACUUCUGCACCUAUUUUCUAUGUUUCUAAAUAGUUAGACAGGUACAUGGGCAGAAGAUAGACAAAAUGCUGGAGUUACUCAGCGAUUCAGGCAGCGUCUCUGGAGAGAAGGAAUGAGUGUCUUCAGCCUGGUCUUAAGAAGGGUCUCAACCCAAACCAUUUCUUCUCUCCAGAGAUACUGCCUGUCCCGCUGAGUUACGCAAGCUUUUUGUGUCUAUCUUCGGUUUAAACCAGCAUCUGCAGUUCCUUCUUACACAGGUAAAUGGACAGGACAGGUUUGGAGGGAUAUGGACCAAAUGUGGGCAGGUGGGACGAGUAUAGCUGGGACAUGUUGGCCGGUGUGGGCAAGUUGGGCCGAAGGGCCUGUUUCCACACAGUAUCACUAUGACUAUGCAUAUAUUCCUCCCCUCCUAGACUGAGAAUCAAUGUUCCUUCUGCAGUUGGACUACAAUCCCCAGAAUGCCUUCCCCUCCAGCAGGAAGAACGCGAUGACACGCUGAGAAGUUUGGAGCUGGUGAACUGAGCUCCGGCCGAUCAUGUAGCUGCAGCUCCGUAAUUACCGAAACGGCUUUUUGCAAUUGCAAACCUUCUGCUGUUUGCAGCUUGCUUCCGAGCUGUGCAACCGGCCAUUCCCUUCUGCACAGCUCGCAGCUGCAAGAAAUCGGUCAGGAUUCCCAGGUGGAUGAAAAUUGGGAGGCAGCUAAUUUUUUUUUGUGUGUGCGCUUUGCAUCUUUGUUGCAAAGCUGAAAAGGCAAAGUCUUCUGUGAUUCCCCUCCCCCUCCCAUUCCCAGCAAAGGGGGGAAAAAAGAACAAAAAAAUGUCGCUGUCAAAAGGAGGUAAGAAAAAGAACCGUGGGCUGAAACUGUCAAAGGCUGUCUUUGAGCAACCGCAGGAAAGUCCCACCCCUCCCAGGGACCUGGACUCAAAGGCCUGCAUCGCCAUCGGUGAAAAGAACUUUGAAGUGAAAGCAGAUGACCUGGAGCCGCUGUCGGAGCUGGGACGUGGCGCGUACGGUGUGGUGGAGAAGAUGCGGCAUACGCCCAGCGACACGCUGAUGGCUGUUAAGAGGAUCCGUGCCACAGUGAACAGCCAGGAGCAGAAGCGGUUGCUGAUGGACCUUGACAUCUCCAUGCGUACAGUGGACUGCCCCUUCACCGUCACCUUCUAUGGGGCACUAUUUCGAGAGGGUGAUGUGUGGAUAUGCAUGGAGUUAAUGGACACCUCCUUGGACAAGUUCUACAAAGAUGUCAUAGAAGGAGGCAUGACCAUUCCUGAGGACAUCUUGGGAAAGAUAGCAGUUUCCAUUGUGAAGGCCUUGGAACAUCUACACAGUAAGCUGUCUGUUAUUCACAGAGACGUGAAGCCGUCCAAUGUCCUGAUCAACGUGCACGGCCAGGUAAAGAUGUGUGACUUUGGCAUCAGUGGCUACCUGGUGGACUCGGUGGCUAAGACCAUGGACGCAGGCUGCAAACCUUACAUGGCUCCAGAGAGAAUUAACCCGGAAGUGAACCAGAAAGGUUAUAGUGUCAAGUCGGACAUCUGGAGUUUGGGAAUCACCAUGAUUGAGAUGGCGAUCCUAAAGUUCCCGUACGAGUCCUGGGGUACUCCUUUCCAGCAACUCAAACAGGUGGUGGAAGAGCCUUCUCCGCAGCUUCCCACUGACAGAUUUUCCCUGGAAUUUGUCGACUUCAGCGCCCAGUGCUUGAAGAAGAACUCCAAAGACAGACCAACAUACUCAGAGCUUAUGCAACACCCCUUCUUCACGCUACACGAAACCAAAGAAACAGACGUGGCCUCUUUUGUGAAGCUUAUUCUGAGAGACUGAGAGGGACCGAGGCAGCUCAUCGGCUUUUCCCGAUCGGUUUCUACGCCUUCUACAUUUGGGAUGACAUUGCAAGAUAUCCUCUGCCACAUUCGGCCUCCGAAACACAUCACCGGUUGCAGAAGUAAACUCCAGUCUCUGGCAAGAGCAGCAGAGGGGGGGGGGGGGGGGGGGGGGGGGG